AGUAGUAAGACGUACUGGAGAGGAGACAUGCUGAAACUACGAAGAUACAUCUUACUUCUAAUGGUGUUCAUGUUUGCACUUGUAACUGCGAUGCCCCAUCCUGGUGGUGAUGGACACGAGCAUACCCACUUUAUAAUACACGUGCCACAUUAUAUCCAUAAGCAUCACCAUACGCACGUAAAGAAAAUUUAUAUACCGGUAGAGUCACACGACGACGAUCAUGAUCAUGAACACGAAGAAGAUGGCUGGUGAGAGAGAGAGAGAGAGAGAGAGAGAGAGAGAGAGACAGAGGGAGAGAAAGGAAGAGAGAGAGAGAGAGAGAGAAAGUUAGUUUCAAACGAUCCUUCUCCAAACGUUAUUACUGUUAACCCAUUGCACUAUUGUUAUGUCAAUUGUUACACGUUAAUAAAUUGUUAAAACCAAAUUGAUAUUAUUUAAUUUUUAUUUCUUUUUUUUUUCACUCUA